AGAAAAUUUUACUUGAAAUGCAUCUUUUGUAACAAAUGUCUUUACUGUCACUUUUGAUCAAUUUAAUCUAUGCUGAAUAAAAGUAUUAAUCUUACUUGACAUGUUUUAAUGGUAGUGCUAGUGCAUGAUAUAUAAAAUGUUUUAUCUGUCAGCUUUUCAGAAGAAAAAAAAAAAGAUAUUUUUCUAAAAAAAAAGAAAAAAAAAAAAACCUAAAAUCUUUCUAUUUGAAUAAUAUUGUCACAUAUGGGUGAGUACAAACUCUAAACGAAGGAGAAUAUCUAAACACAAGCUGUCUUUAUUAAAUCCAAAGGAGAAAAAGGCAAACACAACCACUUUACAUCGACGAGACAGGACAAAGAACUGAACAGAACAGGUUGUAUAUAUACCAGAAUAAACGAGGGAACUAAUGAGUUAAAUAAUCAACAACAGAUGAACUGAAUGAGACUUGCAUAUACGUGGGAACUCGGUUAACUUAGAAUGACAUGAACAAACACAGCAUAAUCCUAACAGAUAUAAAAAGUUUAUUUUAACUGCUAGAGACUUUUGUUUACGAUCUUACAAGACCAAAACUUGAGUGCUGAUCACUGUGUAUGUAAAGGUUCGGCCAAUCUUCCUCUUUAAAUUAUGGUAAAGCUGAAGACACUGGAGUGGUAGGAAUGGAGGAGUUACCUGUUGCUCGCAACAUCAAGAUCAGUAACAUCACCUGUGACUCCUUUAAGAUCUGCUGGGAUAUGGACCCUCACACCACCGAGAAGAUCACACAUUACUUCAUUGACCUUAACAAGAAGGAGAACAAGAACUCUAACAAAUUCAAACACAAGGAUGUGCCUACGAAGCUUGUUGCUAAGGCGGUCCCAUUGCCCAUGACAGUGCGAGGCCAUUGGUUCCUGAGUCCACGGACAGAAUACACCGUUGCUGUGCAAACAGCUUCCAGACAGACCGAUGGAGACUAUGCCGUAUCAGAAUGGAGUGACAUUGUCGAGUUUUGUACAGCAGAUUAUUCCUCUGUGCAUUUGACGCAGCUGUUGCAGAAGGCUGAAGUCAUUGCUGGCAGGAUGCUCAAGUUCUCCGUCUUUUACCGGAAUCAGCAUGAGGAAUACUUCCAACACUGCAGAGAUGUUCUUGGCGGCCGAAUGAUGCCCUCAGUAAAGGAUAACAGCGGUAGUCACGGUUCACCUCUCAGCGGUAAACUGGAGGGGAUCUUCUUCAGCUGCAACACAGAGUUUAACACGGGUCAGCCCCCGCAGGAUUCCCCGUACGGCCGCGUCCGCUUUCAGGUGCCCGCCGAGAUUCUGUUCACCCCUGACACGCGCCUCUACUUCGGGGACUUCUACUGCAUGUAUACUGCCUAUCAUUACGUUAUCCUUGUCCUGGCUCCUCGGGGCUCGAGCGGAGACCUUUACUGCAGCGAUCGCCUCCCGGAGCUGGAUGUGACGAACAACCGCUUUCUGACACGUGUGUGCGGGGAGGAUGGGCGGGUGGUGUUUCAGCACGCGCAGGAUGUGAUUCUGGAGCUGAUUUAUACUGAUCCGGUGUCGCUGGCACAGGGGACUGUCUCUCAGAUCAGCGGCCACCAGUUGAUGAGCUUGUCAACCGUCAACGCCAAGAAAGACCCCAGCUGCAAGACCUGCAACAUAAGCGUUGGCCGCUAACUUUGGCGCACACUCACUCACAGACCCAAUUGUGCAUAGGCUAUAACAAGGUGAAGACCUCAUGAACAAAUAAGACCCCUCAAAAUGGUACAGAUGAACUCCAAGAAAAAUGGCCCCACAAUCCUCUAUAUAUGUCCAUGUGGCACUCAAACCCCUUGGAGGCUUCCCAGAAUCUUCGCUUAGGCUAGAAAAUUCUGUGCUUGUUUAACUGAGCAUUCUAAAAGAAUACAUGUAAAUUAAAAAUACAUUAUUGUGCAACAAAGAUAAAAAAAAACAAUCAAAUAAAAAAAAGAAGAGUAAGACAAAAAACAGAUUCAAGGGGGGAAAUGCAUAUCAAGACAAAAAAAAAAAAAAAGAAAAGAGAGAGA